GGGGAAAUUGUCCAAGGAGCCUGUCGGACGAAGACGCCGAGACGCUGGAAGGUUGCUGGCGCAGCUGCGGAGGGCGGCGUCACUGAGCCGCGCCGGCGGAGCCGGUUGCAGACCCGCUCCUCUCGCCUGCUUUCUCCGGGGCUCGCUUCUUCACCCAGGGUCCGUCGAGCCUUUUCCAUGUCCCGGGUAGACGCAGUCCUCCGCACCCUCCACGCCCAUGGCCACUAGCCUGAGGAGGCCGUCUUUCACCGGCUGUUCUUCCUCCCCUCCGGACGCGGACGACGAGGGCGUGCGCGGCACUUGCGAAGAUGCUUCUCUGUGCAAGCGGUACCUGCGCGGCGCGGGAUUUGCGGUGAGCAUUGGCUACUGGCAGGACCCUUGCAUCCCGCAUUUGGUGAGACUGUCUAAAGCGAGGAAGGCCCCCGAAAUUAACAGAGGAUAUUUUGCUCGUGUCCACGGCGUCAGUCAGCUUAUCAAGGCAUUUCUACGGAAGACAGGGUGCAACUGUCAAAUUCUAAACCUUGGGGCUGGGAUGGAUACCACCUUCUGGAGGUUAAAGGAUGUGGAUCUUCUACCAAGUACAUCUUAGAAAGUCAAUGUUCCAGCGAUCAUCACGAGGAAGCUGCGCAGCAUCAAGUAAGUGUGGCUUUGGCCGGAAGCCAGAGCCCCGUGGCAUCAGAACCAGCUCCUGGCAGACAGCAGGGCUGACUGCGGGAGACCUCAUGUAGGCACUGCCUUCCUUUCCUGGCCUCCUCCCUCUCUCCCUGGCCCUGGACCCUCAUUGCAGUGUGUCCUGAAGUCUUCAAAAUGAAAUAGACCCUCUCCUGGGCUUUCUGUCCAAGAAUGUAAUUUCUCUAUCAUUGAAACAAAUGACCUGUCAUAGUUUAGUGAUCUGAA